AUGGAUAGCUUCUGUCCAAACCUAUUCAAGCCUACCAGCUAUCGCUUCCUCGUCAAAAAUGUUGCUCACUACUUGCUCUUUGUUAUUCUGGCAUCUUCAUAUCUGCACACUACUAAACUGUGUUUGGGAGAUGGACUUCCGAGUGGUGUGAGAUCAUCAUCAUGCAUCGAGGAAGAGAGACGAGCGCUUCUCACCUUCAAAGGAGAUGUUACUGAUCAUUCCGGUAGGCUUUCUUCUUGGGUGGGUCAGGAUUGCUGCCGAUGGAAAGGGAUUUCGUGCAACAACCGUACUGGUCAUGUUGCAAGGAUGGACCUCCGAAACCUGAAUUAUGAUGGCUUCUACAGGGAGGCUGCUUUGGGGGGUAAGAUUAAUCCUUCUUUGCUUAUCUUUAAGAACUUACGUUACCUUGAUCUAAGCGGAAACGAUUUUCAAGGAUGUCGAAUUCCUAACUUCUUUGGGAAGCUUCAAAGUUUGAGGUAUCUCAAUCUCUCAUAUAAUUCAUUUGUGGGAGAGAUUCCCCCAGCUCUUGGUAACCUCUCAAACUUGAACUAUCUUGACCUCAAUUCUGUUUAUCGCGGUCUUUCUUCCAAAAACUUGAAUUGGCUUUCUCAUCUCUCUUCCCUAAAGUACCUCAAUCUUGGAGGUGUGGACCUUAGCAGCACAGGAGUAAGUUGGCUACAUGAUGUCAACAUGCUUCCUUCACUCUUAGAGUUGCAUUUGUCUUUUUGCGAAAUUCAAAACCUUCCACACUACUCCCAGCUUCCGUCAGUGAACUUCACAUCCCGCCUAUUGGUUCUUGAUAUAUCAGGGAAUAAUAUUAAUUCUUCAUUUCCCAGCUGGUUUUUUAAUCUUACCAACCUCAAAAGACUUGAUGCAUCUUUCAAUUUGUUCGGGUCCUUCCCUGUUGAAUUUGCAAACCUCAAGUCUUUGGAAGACCUUGAUUUCAGUGGAAGUUCUCUCGGGGAUAUUAGAUCUUUCGGUCAAAUUCCCAAAGUCAUUGGUACUUUGUGCAGCCUAAGGAUAUUAGAUCUUUCGUCGAACUUAUUCAAUGGUAGUUUGGAAAAUGUUUUGAAUGGUUUCUCAAAUGGUACAAGUUAUAGAUUAGGACUGCUAGAAAAUCUGAAGGAACUUGACCUCAGUGGGAACCAAUUUUCUGGUUCAAUUCCACAGUCUAUUAGUAAUUUAUCAUCCUUGGAAAAACUAGACAUCUCGGAUAAUAAUUUCAAUGGGUCCAUUCCUGAAAGUUUGGGACAGCUCUCUCAGCUAGUUCACCUCGAUCUAUCUGAUAAUUCGUUGGAAGGCAAUCUAAAUGAAGCCCAUUUCCGAACUCUCACAAAGUUGGAGUCUUUUGCAGUCUGUAGCCAAUACGAGCCCGUGACUGGGUGCCUCAUUUUUAACAUGGCUCAUGACUGGGUUCCUCCUUUCCAACUUAAUUCAAUCGACAUUGCCGGAUGCAGAGUAGGUCCUGCCUUUGGGGUAUGGCUUCAGUCUCAAACUGAAUUAACGGAAGUCACGCUUUGUAAUACUUCAAUCUCAGAUUUCAUACCAGAGGAAUGGUUCUUGAAGAUAUCUUUCCAACUCACAUCGCUGGAUUUAUCUAACAACCAAAUUCGUGGAAAGCUUCCAUUUCACAUGUACUCCCCGUCUUUGAGGUACAUAGAUUUGAGUCAUAAUCAAUUUGAGGGCCCUCUCCCACAUUGGUCUAGUGAUGCUGCCAAAUAUCUCGCUCUUGAAAGCAAUUUAUUUUCCGGGCCAAUUCUCUCAAAUUAUGAUCAAUUGUUGCCUAACUUGGUAGGAUUGUAUCUAUCUGACAAUCCUCUGAAUGGUAGUAUACCACCCUCUGUGUGCAACCUGUCAAGUUUGGAGACCCUUACGUUAAGAAGCAAUCACUUGUCCGGAGAAUUCCCUCAAGGAUGGAGUCUUUGGCCAAAUAUAGAAACUGUAGAUGUCUCAGACAACAAUUUGUCUGGCAAUUUCACCAGUUCAAUGGGUGUUCCAAGCUCACUAAGGGUAUUGGAUCUGAGCAAAAACAAUUUCGGGGGUCAAAUUCCUUCUUCUCUAUUCCAAAACUGCAGCGGGUUGGUGAGUAUUGAUCUUGGAGGCAAUAGAUUUACUGGAAGCAUACCUUUACAGACAAGACCAAAUGUAUCAUAUGAUUUUUAUAUGCUAAGAUUGCGAUCCAACUCUUUAAGCGGACAUAUCCCCCAUCAACUGUGCUCUCUUCCAUCUAUUCAUAUCAUAGACCUUGCCCACAACAAAUUUUCAGGGACCAUUCCCAAGUGUUUGUAUAAUCUGACUUCUUUGGCCGACGUUGAUGACCUUUUUAUGUACAGCGAAGAACACGAAUUCACAUAUCAUGAGACGGCCAGCUUGACAUUGAAGGGACAAGAACUCGCAUAUAACACCACUCUGGAUUUGGUGAAAAUCAUUGAUUUCUCAUCAAACAACUUAGAAGGUGAAAUCCCUGACGAAGUAAGCAGCCUCAUUGCAUUGGGCACGUUGAAUUUGUCAAGAAAUCAAAUAACUGGAAACAUUCCCUCAAAGAUUGGAAACUUGCAGCAGCUGGAAACUCUUGAUCUCUCACACAAUCACCUCUCCGGACAGAUUCCUCAAAGUUUCUCUUCACUAACCUCUCUGUCUCACUUGAACUUGUCUUUCAACAACUUGUCCGGAAGAAUUCCUUCAGGCAACCAACUUCAAACACUCACUGAUUCAUCCAUUUACGAAGGCAAUCCAUCCUUGUGUGGGGUCCCUCUUUCAACUGUCUGCCCGGGAGAUGGCGCAGCUGACCCUGACGAUGGUGAUCAUAAUGAUGAUGAUGUUGAUGAGAAUGGGAAGUUUGGUAUCGUUGUUAGCGCUGUCCUCGGCUUCAUCAUAGGCUUCUGGAGUGUCUGUGGCACAUUGGUUAUGAAGAAAUCAUGGAGGUAUGCCUAUUUUCGAUUCUUUGAUAACAUAAAGGAGAAGGCAGCAUUACCAAUUGCAUUGAGAGUGGCUCGUUGGCAAAGGAGGACUUGA